GCUCCGCUCAGCCCUGCUAAUUCAAAACAAUGGCCGACCUGCGAGCUGCUGUCUCACCUUCUGUCCUCGUUUCAAGUGUCUAAUAAGUAGCCUUCGCUGUCUCUGUGGAACAUGCUGUUCGUGUGAUGGAUAGGUGACUUAGUAAGUGUGUUCUGGAAGAAAGAAGCAGCCCUAAAGCUUCCUCUCCGCUGCCAAGAUGAGCGAUGUUGUGGAGAAGACGCUGACAGCUCUGCCGAGCCUCCUCUCUUUAGACUCCCAGCCGGGUUCCGCGAAGCUGUCUUCCACCUCCAAACUAGGAAACCUCAUCAGAGGAAUCACUGAACUAACCUCAAAGCAUGAGGAAGAGAAACUCAUCCAACGUGAACUAUCGGCUAUCAAAGAACAGGUGUCUUCCCCCAACACAACCAUGAGGCAGAUGAAGGAGCUCAUGGUGAGAACGAUCUACUGUGAAAUGUUGGGCUACGAGGCUUCGUUCAGCUACAUUCAUGCCAUCAAACUGGCUCAACAAGGCACUGUUCUGGAAAAGAGAGUUGGUUACCUCGCUGUGUCCUUGUUUCUGAAUGAAAAUCACGAGCUGCUUCUUCUCCUGGUAAACACGGUGCUGAAGGAUCUUCAGAGUACAAACCUUAUUGAAGUGUGCAUGGCUCUAACUGUUGUCAGCCAAAUGUUCCCCAAAGACAUGAUUCCUGCCAUUCUGCCUCUGGUGGAGGAAAAACUUAAUCACCCAAAAGAAAUCAUUCGCCGUAAAGCAGUCCUGGCACUGUAUAAAUUCUACCUAAUAGCACCAAAUCAAGUUCAGCACAUCCACAACAAGUUUCGCAAAGCUCUGUGUGACAAGGAUCCUGGUGUGAUGACCGCUUCACUACACAUUUACUUACAGAUGAUCCAGGAGAAUCCGGAAGGUUAUAAGGACCUGACAGCAAGUUUUGUCGCCAUAUUAAAGCAGGUGGUGGGAGGAAAGCUGCCCAUGGAUUUUAAUUAUCACAGCGUUCCAGCUCCUUGGCUUCAGAUCCAGCUUCUUAGAAUACUCUCCUUCCUGGGGAAAAAUGACCAGAGUACAAGUGAAAUCAUGCAUGAAGUCCUCGACGAGUCUUUACGAAGAGCAGAGAUGAACCAUAACAUCACCUACGCAAUUCUGUAUGAAUGUGUAAAAUGUAUUUACACAAUUCAUCCCAAGUCUGAACUUUUGGAAAAAGCUGCAAAGUGCAUCGGCAACUUUGUUCUGUCACCGAAGAUCAAUCUAAAAUAUCUCGGCCUGAAGGCCCUCACCUACGUGGUCCAGCAGGAUCCUAAGCUGGCUCUGCAGCAUCAGAUGACCAUCAUCGAGUGUCUUGAUCAUCCUGACCUCAUUAUCAAGCGGGAGACGCUGGAGUUGCUCUUUCGGAUCACAAACGCCCAGAAUGUCACAGUCAUUGUCGAGAAGAUGCUGGAGUUUCUGCGUAUCAGUAAAGAUGAUCACACUACUAUUGACCUGGUGGGGAAGGUGGCAGAACUGGCAGAGAAGUAUGCCCCAGACAACGAAUGGUUCAUAGAGACGAUGAACACGGUGUUUUCAGUCGGUGGAGACAUGAUGCAGCCUGACAUCCCAAACAGUUUCUUGAAACUGUUGUCUGAGGGAUUUGACAGCGUGGAAGAGGACAGAAAGUUGAGGCUGUUUGCUGUGAAUUCAUACAUUUCUCUGCUGCAAGGAGAACCUGGCAAACUGCCACAGCGCUUCCUGCAAGUCAUCAGCUGGGUCCUCGGGGAAUACUCUCAUUUGAGGGAGGAUCUUGAAGCAGCCGUAGUCCAGAGGCUGCUGGCCAGACUGCUGGACAUGAAGAACUGCAGCAGUGAAACCAAGAGCUGGGUCCUCACCGCAAUGACGAAGCUCUGUGAGGGUGCUUCAGGGGUUUCUGUGGCUCAGCAGGUUUCUGAGACCUACAGCAGCUCCCUGGACACGGUGCUGAGACAGAGAGCCCAGGAGCUGCAGCACCUCAGCCAAGACUCUGAGCUACGAGCCAAGGCGUUACCACGAGGUGUCGGCCUGGAGCCCGUGGAGGUGGAUUCUUCUCUGUCAUUUCUGGAUGGAUUUGUGUCAGAGGCGUUGGCUGCUGGUGCUGCUCCUUACAAACCUCCCCAUCAACGACAAGAGGAACUAGCUGGAACAAAAGCGCUGAGCCUGGAGCCCUACGGCCUGUCCCUGCCCAUCAGCAUGUCCUCCUGCAUCACUGACAGGCAGUCACCCACUCUGUUGUCCAUGAGCUCUGGUCUGUCAGGCGAUAGCACCGAUCUCUCACACAAAGGAGGCUCUGCAGCUUUGAAGCUGGAUGGUGUGAAGAGAGUGUGGGGCAGGGAAGGUUAUCUGUCCCACAAAGAGCCUGUAGAAGAACCUGCCCAGGUUGAGGUUCCCAGUCCCGUCCGGUCUCCCAGCCGGCAGGGAGAAGCAGACAGCUCCCACAGCCGGACUCCAACGCUGACACCGACUCCAGAGUCCGAUCAAGAGAAACAGCAGCUGGCCUCGUCGCUUUUUGUUGGCCUGGGUUCUCAAAGCUCUGUGUGUCUGAUGGGAAAAUCUGAACAGACAACCCAGCGAUUCAGAAGAAAAGCCAAAGGUCACAGCGCAGCCUCGAGCACCAGCGAGCAAAUGUCCAACUCUGCCGUCUCUCCUCCCAGCACCGUGGAUAGCUUGCUGUGUAACAACCUGCUGGACUCCAACAUCACCUCAGAACUGGCUGUUUCUUCACCUAAACGGACAUCUCAGCUCUCUCAGGGCCUCGCUGCUACUAAUGGCACCUGUGAUGCAGACACAGAACUGCUAGAAAGUGACAGAAAGGAAAGUAAACCAGCUGUCAUCACGGAUAGUUAUGUGGUCGCUGCUGAUCCUGCUCCUCAUGCAGACCCAGAUAGACCUAAAGACUUGGAUCUUUCUUCUCAUCUUCCUGCAGAGCUUUCUGGACUUUCUCACUCAGAAAUCACUCACCUCUGCACCAACCAAAACCUGGAGCUUUCUGCUUGUCAUGUGCAGAAAGAAGAUUCCCUGCUGCUGAUUGUUUUUAUUAGCAACUCAUCUGACUCCGCCGUUCAACAGAUACUAGUGCAGGUCGACUCUGAUGAACUUGAGGUGUCCUGUGUGGGUGACAGUCCAGUGGAGGUGAGAAGCCACAGUGUAGCAGUGUGUCAGUAUUCGCUGUCAGUGAAGAGGCCUGCAGUUCACAUUGAAUUAGCCGGGAUGGUGUCGUACCAGUUACCCGCUGGGUCGCCUCAGUCAGCGCCGUUCUCGUACAAACUCCCUCUAACCAGCUUCAUUAGACCUUUGACGGUGUCCACAGAGGAGUACGGGACGAUGUGGUUGGCCUUCUCUCAUGACACGAGGCAGAAUCUGACGCUGAUAAGUGACGACCAGGAACCGCUCACAGCCACUCUGAAUGUCCUGAAGAGGAGACUUCAGCUUCACGUUGUGGAAAUUAUAGGUAUGGAAGGUAUUGUAGCUUGCCGCCUCCUCCAGGACCAGCCGUGUUUGAUGCAUUGUCGCGUGCAUGCAGGAACGCUGGCCGUGUGGCUUCGCUCUCCGGUCCCCGACCUGCCCGACUGCCUGAUCUACCACUGUCAGAGAGCUUUACAGGGGCACUGAGCUCCAGCUGCAACACUGAGCGACUAAACCACGAACCCUCCACCGCUGAAGAGGAAGGUACACAGAGCUGUAGUGCAAAAAAGAACAGAAGACAUCUAAUGUUGUGAACUCAUAUCUUUACAGUGUUUAUUAUCUGAUUGUCCCUACCACUAAACGUUGUUUUGUUGGUUUUAUGUGUAUGAGUUCUGUUGUUAUUUAAAAAUGUAAGUGUAGAACAGUUUUAUUGAAAGUCUUGGCAGGUAAUAAGCUCUGGGCCAAAAGAUACCGUGGUUCACCUUCUGUUGGUGGCUAGAAUAACACUAUUGUCUUAAAGUGAUGCUGGGUCUCCAUAGUGACUGAAAGGCAGUUGUUUCUGGUUAAAUGAUGAUGGCACACUUUCUUCGAUUCCCCUUUAACGAGAACCUGCUCUACGCAUUUUCAGCUCUACAUUUUUAUUCUGGGACUCCGCUAGAGUAGUUUUAGUUAAAAAAAAAAAAAUCCAUAUUUGUCUUGUACUGUCCCUUGAUGCAGCCCCUCAGUUCAUCCACUGUCUGAAACAAGCAGUUUUAACCCUGGGCUCCUUAAGGUCGUUAAAAACCUGCUUUCUUCUGAUUGGCCAGCCUCCAGAGGCCUGCCUUUGUGAGCAUGAGAAAAAACGGUUUGAAACCUGGUGUUCAGAGCAGUUUGAAACCAGGUUUGGGCUCAUAGAGAUUACUUUUACAUGUGUUUACCUCAUUAUUUGAAACUUUUAAUGUAAGCAUCCAACACUCUAAUAUUGACAGGAAAUAAGGAAAAGCAUAGUAGGUCUCCUUUAAAGUAAUCUCAAAAGGUAAAAUAAUAAAUUUUAACAAUUUCUUCAUCCGGUGGUCCAGAUCUCCAAAAUAAGAAACGAUUUAAUGUUCUGCUUUUUAGUUUGUGACUUAAAUAAAGCUCCAUCUUCUUGGUUAGAACAAUCAUGACAGUGAAGCUCGUUUGGAUUUAAAUGCUGGGACAAAGGCUGAGCAGGAAGUCAAGAUGAUUCUUUUUUGACUUUCAGCAGAAUCGUGUGACGGUAUACAAGCAAACCUGAAGAAACAGGUUUGUUGGAAACCUUUGAAGUGACUGACUGCAUGUGAUUCAUCACAAUGGAGGAGGGUCAAUGGGUCGUUCAUGGGAUUUCAUACAUUUUCCAUAUUGUGAGGUGUGUCAGAAAAUAUCCUUGUUAAAGUUUUUAUAACAGUUUUGAUUUAGUUUCUUCACUGAAUGAAAUCAAACGCAUUCUUACUCUGGCUGAUUGUGUUUCUUUGAUGUUUUGCUCUUUGAGGGGAAAGCACAGGAAAAUACUGGCAACAGCUCACAGUGGUGGAAGUCGAUGCCAGCGAAAGUAAAUAAUGUUAAUUGCUUCUGGCAUUUACUUGGUUGUCUUAGAGAUAAAAUGCUCAAAGUAAAUACAGUCUUCAAAGUCAACUAAUAUUUACAGAAGGCUGCUUUCCAAGAGCCGCCUGCUAGUCUUCACUGCUGAAGUUUCAGCACAGUAAAAAGAGGUUUACAUUAUUCUUUCUCUAAAUGCUUCAUCAUGCUGACAUUAAUGCCCCCUUGUUUAUUUCUUACAUCUAGAAUAAGAUUAUUUUGUCUUUAACAUGAUGUUCUCACUCUGUAUUGUCCAUUUAUCAUUCUAACCAUGUUGUUGCCUUCUGGAUGAGGGGGUUAUCUAUGCACUUACGUCUGGUUAGUCAGCUGGUUAGAGGUGGAUGUUAGUGGUCUUUGACUAUUAUAUUUUUAUAUCAAUGCAGUAUUAAAAUCGUAUUUAUUGAGUUUAUAUUCUUACAGAAAACGUUUUAUAUUUGUUUCACUGGAGGAAAAGGAAUCAUUUGUGCUUCAUGUGCUGUGUGAUUGCUCUGUGCCAGAAUGAUUUUCAGUGGGUGUGACAUGUUUCAGCCUGUUUCUUUUUUUUUUUUUUUUUUUUAAAGUUGAGCUUGAAGGGAAGAAUUUCCUUGUUGUGACCUGAUUUGAAUCGCAGCGUUACGUUUCUGAAACUCAACUUUUGCCCUACGCCUUAUGUUCUAAUGCCGAGAUGGCGUGUUUGAUUUGUGCCUGUGGUACAGCGAAAAAUCUUUGUUUCUUGGAGUGCCUGUCACUACAUUCUGCUAAAUUAUGAAUAAAUUCAACACAUGUAAAUUCA